AUGGAUAUUCAAGCAGAAACUUUAAUUACGCUUGUCCAAGAGAGACCUGUUCUGUGGGAUAAGACCGAAGACAUCUAUAAAGACAAAAACUUAAAGUUAGCAGCAUGGCGUGAAGUAUGUUUAAUACUGAAACCAAACUUCGAUGAACUGGUUGAAAAAGAAAGAAAACAGUACGGGAAACAGGUUUCAACUAAAUGGAAUAAUAUACGAGAUUCGUGGCUUAAGACAGUAAAGAAACAAGAAGAUGAGUCUAAAUCUGGAUCUUCGGCCAAAAAGACACGAAAUUAUUUAUAUCACGAGCAAUUAAUGUUUUUGAAAAAAGUCUCCGAACCUCGACCACCACAUGAGUCAGUUUCAAAAAAAGCAAGAACUGAGACUGAAGUAGGCAUGGAAUCAAAUUUUCGUUCACCUUUAAUUAAAGAUAAAAGAAAAAUUGAUAAUAAAGUGGUAAAUGACAGGAUGGUAAAGUUUUUGGACUCCAGAAUAAACCCAGAAAAGGAAAACCAUCAUCUGUCUUUCUUCAAAGGCAUUAUACCAAUCUUGAACACUUUAACUACCGAAGAGACUUUAGAAUUUCAAGCUAGCGUCAUGACAAUGUUGCAAAAAAUUAAAAGUAGGAACUAUGAGAGACCAAAUUACGGACAUUGGCGUGAUUCAUAUAAUCAGAAGACCGGACCAGAUCAGUAUUCUGGAUACUACACACAUAAUAGCGUCAAUCAACAGGCAACACCUACGCAAGAUCAACACCACCCUGGAUACUCUACGCAAUAUAAUAGUAGCAAUCAACAGGCAACAACAUCUAUACCAUCAACUUCAUCUCAGACAUCGAAUCCGAUUCCAGCUUCGCCAUCAGCAUCUAGUAAUCAUUCCAUACAUUCCCAAGACUCAAAUUACUUUGAUUUUGAAGGGAUUUAA